AUCUUAUAUAAAUUUUGUAUUCUUAUGCAGUGUUAUUACAAUAAAAUAUAGCUUAUCUUGGUAUCAGAGCCGAGUUCAAAGUACACAUAUUCACGUUGGUUUCAGUAAUAAAAGUACAAGUGCACUCAAGUCACCUACAGUAGAGUUUGUCGCGGAUGUCUCGACUCCUGCGGUCAAUAUACAGGUACAACUUCAGACACACUAUGGCUACAAGUUCCACGAGUGGUGCUAGAAAACUACAGCUGACAGAUGAGGUAAGGUUUCCAGUCCCCUGGGGUCAUAUAGCAGCCAAGGUUUGGGGUGACCCCGGGGGGCGGCCUGUUCUGGGACUUCACGGCUGGCAGGACAAUGCCAACUCAUUUGAUGCCUUAGCUCCCUUACUUCCAACAGACUUCUACUUCAUAGUUCUGGACUUCCCAGGUCAUGGUCGUUCCUCUCACAGACCUCCUGGUCUCCCGAACCAGUUUGUGGAGUAUCUCUUUGAUAUCAAGAGAGUCGUUGAUGUGCUGAAGUGGAAGAGGUUCUCCAUAAUAGGCCACAGUAUGGGAGGAGGGAUAGGAGUAACAUUUGCAGGUCUGUUCCCAGAGUUUGUGGAGAGGGUCGUGUCUCUGGAUUUGAUGGCACCUGUGUCAAGAGAUCCUGAAAUGGCCCCGUCACUGUUGAGGACGUCUAUAGAGCAGACACUGGGUAUUGAAGCUGUCAAUAAAGAAGAGAAGACAUACACUCCUGAGGCUGCUUUGAAAAGGUGUGACUUCGAACCUCCACGGGCUUGA